CAUCCGGCUCGCGCGCGGCAUCCGCACCAGCUGCGGCUCGGGCUCCGCGGGCGAGCAGGGGCGGAGGCGCCGGGCAGCAGCGCAGGAUGGCGGAGCCGCCCGCCGCCCCCGGGUCCGAGGGCGAGGAGGGCCCGGUCCGCUUCGCCCGAAAGGGGGCCCUGAGGCAGAAGAACGUGCACGAGGUGAAGAACCACAAGUUCACGGCCCGGUUCUUCAAGCAGCCCACCUUCUGCAGCCACUGCACCGACUUCAUCUGGGGGUUUGGGAAGCAAGGAUUCCAGUGUCAAGUUUGCUGCUUCGUUGUACACAAGCGGUGCCAUGAAUUUGUUACUUUCUCCUGCCCGGGUGCUGAUAAAGGUCCUGCUUCUGAUGAUCCAAGGAGCAAGCACAAAUUUAAAAUCCACACGUACUCCAGUCCCACCUUCUGUGACCACUGUGGCUCAUUACUCUAUGGACUCAUUCACCAAGGGAUGAAAUGUGACACCUGUAUGAUGAAUGUCCACAAACGCUGUGUGAUGAACGUCCCGAGCCUAUGUGGAACGGACCACACUGAGCGCAGGGGCCGGAUAUACAUCAAGGCGGAUAUAGCAAAAGAUGUUCUCACCGUUGUAGUAAGAGACGCCAGAAACCUAGUUCCUAUGGACCCUAAUGGCUUGUCAGACCCUUAUGUGAAACUUAAACUAAUCCCCGACCCGAAAAGUGAAAGCAAACAGAAGACCAAAACUAUAAAGUGCUCUCUGAAUCCUGAAUGGAAUGAGACUUUUACAUUUCAGCUGAAAGAGUCGGACAAAGACAGAAGGUUGUCAGUGGAGAUUUGGGACUGGGAUCUGACCAGCAGAAAUGAUUUCAUGGGGUCUUUGUCGUUUGGGAUUUCUGAGCUUCAGAAAUUAAGCGUUGAUGGAUGGUUUAAACUGCUGAGCCAGGAGGAGGGGGAAUACUUCAACGUCCCGGUUCCCCCGGAGGGAGAAGAGGGAAACGAGGAACUCAGACAGAAAUUUGAGAGAGCCAGGAUUGGUCCAGGCGCCAAGGCAGCUGAGGAGAGGAUGACGCAUGCGAUUUCCAAAUUUGACAACAAUGGAAACAGAGAUCGGAUGAAACUGUCAGAUUUUAAUUUCCUCAUGGUGCUGGGGAAAGGAAGCUUUGGAAAGGUCAUGCUCUCGGAAAGAAAAGGCACUGAUGAGCUCUAUGCCGUUAAGAUCCUGAAGAAGGACGUCGUUAUUCAGGACGAUGACGUGGAGUGCACAAUGGUUGAGAAGCGAGUGCUGGCUCUGGCUGGGAAGCCUCCAUUCCUAACACAGCUUCACUCCUGCUUUCAAACAAUGGAUCGCUUAUAUUUUGUGAUGGAAUACGUGAAUGGCGGGGACUUAAUGUACCAGAUUCAACAGGUCGGCAGGUUUAAAGAGCCCCAUGCUGUAUUCUAUGCAGCAGAAAUUGCUAUUGGCCUAUUCUUCCUACAAAGCAAAGGCAUCAUUUAUCGAGACCUAAAGCUUGACAACGUGAUGCUAGAUAACGAAGGGCACAUAAAGAUUGCGGACUUCGGCAUGUGUAAGGAGAACAUCUGGGAUGGAGCAACUACCAAGACCUUUUGCGGUACUCCUGACUACAUUGCGCCCGAGAUAAUUGCUUAUCAGCCCUAUGGGAAGUCGGUGGAUUGGUGGGCAUUUGGAGUUCUGCUCUAUGAAAUGUUAGCUGGCCAGGCGCCCUUUGAAGGGGAAGAUGAAGAUGAACUUUUCCAGUCCAUUAUGGAGCACAACGUAGCCUAUCCCAAAUCCAUGUCCAAGGAGGCUGUGGCAAUCUGUAAAGGGCUAAUGACCAAGCACCCUGGCAAACGCCUGGGAUGUGGCCCCGAAGGGGAGCGGGACAUCAAGGAGCAUGCCUUCUUCCGGUAUAUUGACUGGGAGAAACUCGAGCGUAAAGAAGUUCAACCUCCAUUCAAGCCAAAGGCUAAAGACAAACGAGACACUUCCAACUUCGACAAAGAGUUCACCAGGCAGCCUGUGGAACUCACGCCUACUGACAAACUCUUCAUCAUGAACUUGGAUCAGACUGAGUUUGCUGGAUUCUCCUAUACUAAUCCAGAAUUUGUCAUUAAUGUUUAGACAAGAUGCAAAUGCCACCUUCUGUGCUCGCAAUCCAAACCUUCAGAUCACCUUGUAAAAUAUCAACACUUGUCUUCCGGGAUGAACGGUGCAUACAUGUAUACAUGCCCUCAUUUGAAAUGUGGCGAUACCUUGUUUUAGGAGGCCCUUAUAUGUAUGUGUCACUUCCUAGCGUGGUUCCUACAUCUGGAAAUAUUUAGUUUGUGAGGUAACAGCAAGAGGUAAUACUUCUAAACACUACCAAUAAUGGUAACCAACAGACUUUUUAAACAGGUCUGAAUAUGGUCUCUAAAUACAAAAUUGCUACAGUCUUUGUAAUUUUUAAAAUCAGACCUGGAGAUUCUGGUAAACUUUAAAUUAUUCAAAAAUGGUUCCCUUGGGAGGCCCAGCAUGGCUGCUGAUAUUUUAAACAGUUGUGCUGCAGCUUGCAGUGACUGUGAAGUUGUCUUAGAAGUGCCUCUUGUUCAAGAAUCAGGUUUCAGAGGAACAGCCGUGUUAGUCUGUAUUCGCAAAAAGAAAAGGAGUACUUGUGGCACCUUAGAGACUAACCAAUUUAUUUGAGCAUGAGCUUUCGUGAGCCACAGCUCACACGAAAGCUCAUGCUCAAAUAAAUUGGUUAGUCUCUAAGGUGCCACAAGUACUCCUUUUCUUCUUGUUCAAGAAUGGAAACAGUUAGAUCCGAUGCGUGUGAAGAAGUCUGCGUGUUGACAUAUUUAUGUUUUCAAUGCGUUGUAUGUACUGUUAAACUGGCUCAAUGAAGCGGCCUUCCUCUGGAGCCUACUGUAAAAGUGUGCAUUUCAAUACAACAAUCAUUUUUGUUCCUAUUACUCAGGCAUAACACUACAAAAUUAAUUUCAUCCCAGUUCUAGUAAAUCAGAACACCUGGUUUUUCUAAGGAAAAGGUGGGGGGUUUUAAACAUCUGGAACAGUUUGCAGUUUUGAUAUACUCUGACAACACUCUUCUAAAUCUUUCUCUUGUUUUUUUCACAGACAUUGUUGAAAGUUAACAGCUCUUUAAAGGAUAUUAAUAUUCUACCAAAACACACACAUUUGCAAGUUCAUUUUACAGUUUAGCAACUGAAAAUAUGCCCAUUAGGAGAGGGCGCUACUGAGGGCUAUUUCUAAAGGUAACUUUUUUAUAGUAUACACCCUUUGCUAUUAUCUAGAUGUGCAAUGUAAUUAAUUUUCCACAUGCCCUGGUUUGCUUAGUUCUGUUUUCAGGGGUUUUAUUUAGUAACCUACGACCAUAUGUAUCAUAUUAGAAAUUCUAAAUUUUACAAAAAUAUUCCAGUUGAUAUUUUUAAUAUACAGUUUCAACAUGCAUGUAGCAAGGUGCCAUAUGGAGGAGAAAAGUGAGACAAGGUCAACUGCUUGUCCUUCAGCUGGCUAGCUAUUCUUACUCUUAUUUAGGCACAAACACAAGAAUUAAGUGUGUACAUUUGGAAACACUGAUUAUUAUUCCUGUCCCGCUGUAUGUGAGCUGGGUUGGUUUCCAAUAAUUUUUUUGCUUUUAAACACUACCAAUUUUAAUGUAAAUACACAUUAAUUCAUGAAUAUAGUAAAAAGUAGAGGUGGGAAUCUUAUGAGAUGUAUUGAAUCCUACAGGAAAAAAAAGUGGUUUGUUGGUCUUUUAUAAACCUCAAACUUUACCUUUUGAAUAUUUUUUUAAAGGAUUUAAGGGAAAAAAGCUGCUAAACACUAGGAACAGAUGUUUUUUGCUCAUCCAUGGGCCAUGAAAAGUGUCUAGAUAACCCUAGGUUACUCUAUUAUAUUUCUGAAUUUAAUGGAGGCCAGACCUGCUGCUACUUUGGAGAAUGGUGUAUUCUUGGUCUCCUUGAGCAUGUAAUAAUAUGUAUUUGAGGAAACAAAAUUAAAACUGCAAAUUGUGCCAGAUCAGUUAAGAGGUACAUGGGGAACUUUGCAUCAUGCCACGACCAGGGAAGAUUUGCUUUGAAUUUAUGAUGACGGUUCUCAUAACUCCAGCAUAUAUAUUGCAGAAAAUGCUUUAGUUUCUUCUGCAGAUCACAGCUGACUUUUGAAGCAAGUGUGUUACUGUAACUGUCAAAUAUAUUGCCUCCAAGUUAGUAUUACUUAAAUGGUGAAUGUUUUUUAAUUUGUCUCUCUUGUAUUUUAAAAUUUUAAUACCCUGCCCCAACAUAUUUGAUCAUGGAAUAUCGUGAUUUACCUUAAGGCAAGGAAAGUAGCAUGGUAACUUACGCAACUUUUUACAUGCAGCCUAGAGAAGGGACUUUUGUCUUAGACGUUUUUGUGUGUUUGAGUGACAAUUCUGCAUGGAGUGAGAUUUGCUUAAAUGCUAAAGAACACAGUCUCCUUCUACCACAAGAACUUCCUAAGUCCCCCAUCCUGCAAAAAGUUACACAUGGGCUUAACUGUGCUCACGGGAGUAGUCUGGGACGGCGCACGUGGGUAAAGCUAAGCACAUGUACAAGUGUCUACAAGACCAACACCCGAGGUCCCAGUCCUCGACCCCCUUAGGCAAGGCCUGAUCCAGAAUCCUGUGAAGUCAAUGCAUAAAGCUACUCAUCCUCUUCGGGGUCUGCAGCACCAGGCCUUUGAGUUUGUACAUCCACUGUUUGUCCUGUCACAGCCCAAAUAUUUCUUCAAGGUUUGUUUUCAGACUGUUUUAUGGACACGUGUGAAAUGGAAAAACCUGCCCAGCAGCUGACACUGAGAUUUGUAAAGACGCUGCCAAGGAAGGACAAAGUGACAAGCCUUGACGUGGUUGACUCUCUGCUUUUGCUGUAGCUUGCUGACUGAAGCUUUAUGGAAGAUUGAGAAAGAACCGGCACUUUCGGAGGAUCUUAACCACUGAGAGGCUUCAGACAAGCCCUGCCACUACUCGUGUGUGCUGGGGUCUGAAUAACACUGUGUAAAAACGACAGCUAGACAUGAUCCCCCCCGUAAUGCACAUUGGCAUGGCUCUCUGUCAGAGGACGAGAGUACAGGCUGGAGGGAGGCUUGAAAACAGAAAAGUCUAUAAACACGAUGGCAGGAAUGCUCAAAAGGGCAAAGGGGAGGAGGCCCAUGAGCCUAACACUAAGAAAGGGAGAACACCACACUGGAGAGCAGGGAGCUGCUGACAGGUCACUCGGACAGUGGAAUCAUUCUCCAGGGGAAUUUACUAUGGCAAAGGAAGAUCCCCUUCCACCUCUGUAAGUGUCUACACUACAGUGCUACAGCAGCACACCUGGGCUGCUGCCGCCUUUCUAGUGUAGACCACAGAGGGUUAGAUUUCAUACAUAGAACAGUCUAGCAGAGGCAGGGCUGAAUUAAGAGUCGCCCCGAUGAUCAGAGAGCCCGAUUCUGGUCUCACACUGGAUUUACACCAGGGUAACUGGGGACUUAAUUGGUGCCUUCCCUGAUUUACACUCGGGUAAUUUACCUCCUGUGGUUCUCCAGGAGGCGGCCUGGUGGUGUCAGGGUGGAGUGCACUGCCCUUUUUAGAGAGAGCGCUGUGUUUCCUGUGUAAUCGCUGCUCCUGGACGGGGAGCAGGAAGUGCUACAAGAUAGAUGUGUCUAAAGCUGGCAGCCAGGCUGAGCCUACGGUUGGGUGAGCUGCUCCUGUGUUCAAAGGUCGAUGUCUUUCUGAACCCCAAGGUUACUGUAAAGGAGGUGAGCCCUCACUCCUCUGCCUGUGCAUGGAAAAUGUACACCUGAACAUCCCAGGCACAUGGGCAUCCAGGGAACUCAGAUGGUUUCACUGCUUUCUGUUUGGGCCUUAUGUUGGUCUACGGCCCAUUGGUCAGCAUCUGUGUAAAUCAGGCCCCUAAGAGGCAUUACACAGAACUGUCCAACAAUGGGGCCUUGAGCAGGUCAUACAUUCAGCAUUGUGUCUGGGGACAAGCUGGUGUCUCCCUGGGGUUGUGGGGCAGUCGUAUGCGAAGUAGAACGUG